AUGACGCCCUUUACGCCGCGCGCCAAACCGGCGCCAUCCUCAUCGAUGGACGAGGUGGAAUUGGUCGACGUUCCCGUUGAAGAGCGUCCGCCUCAGGACCGAACUGCGCGCAACGCCAAUCGCAUGAGCGUUCUCUCACAGGCUUCAACAACUUUGCUCAGAUGGGUACCCCGCGUCAACUUCUGGGUGGCUCUUAUCUGCGUUACGGUUGCGGCUUUCCUGAUGAUCCUCGAUACCUCCAUUCUCUCCACCGCCCUCGCCAAUGCCUGCGUCUUGCCUUUGACCAGCAAGAUCUACACCCGUUUCAGUACCAAAUGGACCUUCAACUUCUUCCUUCUCAUCUUCAUGGUUGGAUCCUACAUCUGCAGGGCAGCUCAAACUUCGGGUAUGCUGAUUGCAGGCCGAGCGGUCAUGGGUCUUGGAGCGGGCGGCAUCUGGAACGGCGGUCUCACAAUUAUCACCGCCAUCACCAGCCCUAGGCGCCGUGCGUCCGUCAUUGGUUGCGUCAUUGCCUUUGCUCAGAUGGGUGUUGGAGCCGGACCGCUCUUUGGAGGACUGUUGACACAACACACCAAGGAUGGAUGGCGCGCUUGCUUCAAGAUCAACCUCAGAGUCGGUAUGGUCUUAUUCUUCCCGGUCAUGUUCAUGCAGGUUCCGGAGCAGAUUGAGAAGCCUCAUCCGUGGAGGGUUCUCAGGAGGUUGCACCGCGAAUUCGACCUCCUCGGCUUUGCACUUCUGGCUCCCGCCGUUUUCCUGUUCGUCUGGGUUCUCACCACCGCCCAGCUUAGCGGGCCUUUCUCCUGGAGUAGUGGCGCAAUUCUCGGAUCGCUGUGCGGUUCUGUUCUGCUCUUCGGUGUUUGGGGAUAUUGGAACUACAGGAAGGGCGACAAUGCUCUGCUGCCAGUCACCACCAUGACAAAGCGCGUCGUUUGGGCCAGCGCCUUGACACAGUGGUUCAUCAUGACAACGGUGUACUGCAUGUCCUUUUUUCUCCCGAUCUUCUUCCAGUCGGUUCAGGGAAAGACGCCCACCAUCAGCGGUCUCGAACUGUUGCCCGGCUUUGGCGCUCAGCUGUUCUUUGGCAUCGCGGGAGGUUUCUUGGUCGAGAGAACCGGUUACAUAAUCCCCUACGCCGUCGUCGCCGGCAUUCUCUGCUCCGUCAGCUGCGGUCUCAUGUCCACGAUCGACAGCGGCACCCACUUCGGCAUUAUCGCCGUUUACCAACUUAUCAACGGUGCCGGCCGCGGCUUCGGCACGCAAAUGCCCACCAUCGCCGUCCAGACAGCCAACAUGCACCCAAUCGACACCACCAUCGCCAUCACCCUGCUUAUGUUCACCCAAAUGCUCGGCACCGCCCUCGUCCUUGCCUUCGCCAACAACAUCUUCGCGCACUCCAUCACCAUGGCCCUGGAGCGCCGCAUGUCCCGCGAGGAAGUUGAGGCGCUGAUCAACAACGGCACUAUUGGCCUGAGUCCCAAGCCGGAGGACCGCGAAAAGCUGGUGAAGAUGGAAGACCUAUUGAAGUACGUCAUGCGCGCUUAUCUAGAGGGCGUCCACAACGUGUUUUACCUGGCGGCGGGCUUUGGCGUGCUCGCAGUGUUGACUGCCUUCUUCCUGGGUUGGACGGAUAUUAGAAAGACGAGCAUGAAGAAGAAUUGGUUUGGAAUGUCGUCGGAUAAGGAGACGAACAAGCUUCGUAAGGGUAUGCCUGGUACGCCUGCGAGGGCAAAUACCAGUACCAGCUUUAACGACAACGACCCCAUUGGCAACGCCAGUACGGGUCCGAUGCCCAGUCCUCCUGCCACUGCGUCUACAAAGGCAGAACGGAGAGCGAGCCGGACCAGUGCCACGGCUGACUUUGCCGAGUCCAACAUCAGUCCCACGCCCAGUCCUCUUGCCAAUGGGACUACAAAGGCUGAGCGAAGGUUGAGUCGGAUGAGUGCUACUGCUGGUCUGGCUUAG